GUAGCCCAAUUACUUUCUUUUGAUUAGGAAGAAGUCUCUGCAGCGAUGUCGGAGACCGCUCCCGCCGCCGCGCCCGCCGUCGCGGCCCCCGCCGCCAAGGCCGCCGCCAAGAAGCCGAAGAAGGCGGCGGGCGGCUCCAGAGCCCGCAAGCCGGCGGGCCCCAGCGUCACCGAGCUGAUCACCAAGGCCGUGUCCGCCUCCAAGGAGCGCAAGGGGCUCUCGCUCGCCGCGCUCAAGAAGGCGCUGGCCGCCGGCGGCUACGACGUGGAGAAGAACAACAGCCGCAUCAAGCUGGGGCUCAAGAGCCUGGUCAGCAAGGGCACCCUGGUGCAGACCAAGGGCACCGGCGCCUCCGGCUCCUUCCGUCUCAGCAAAAAGCCCGGCGAAGUGAAGGAAAAAGCCCCCAAGAAGCGGGCAGCCGCCGCCAAGCCCAAGAAGCCGGCAGCCAAGAAGCCCGCUAGCGCCGCCAAGAAGCCCAAGAAAGCGGCGGCGGUGAAGAAGAGCCCCAAGAAAGCGAAGAAGCCGGCGGCCACCGCGGCCAAGAAAGCGGCCAAGAGCCCCAAGAAGGCGACCAAGGCUGCCAAGCCCAAGAAAGCGGCGGCAGCAGCGAAGAGCCCGGCCAAGGCGAAGGCGGUGAAGCCCAAAGCAGCUAAGCCCAAGGCGGCCAAGCCCAAAGCAGCCAAGGCGAAGAAGGCGGCGCCCAAGAAGUGAAGUGUUCAAGUGGAAGUACUUAAACCCAACGGCUCUUUUAAGAGCCACCCACUACUGUCCCAAAAAGGGCUGAUACACUCCGUCAUCGAGCUCCGUGCCUGCAGCAGAGCUACCCACACGCCACUAUCUGCGUGGGACGUUCGUCUGUGGAGUGGAUGGGACGCUAAACUUCCGGCCGUGAUUACGCUAAGACUUGGAAAAAUAAAGUUUACAUUCCCUGCGAUAA